AUGACUGCAGGACAGCAACUGUUUACUUUCUCUCUCGAACCUGCCGGAGCUUUUCGUGUUGCUUUACACUGGUUAACACUGGUCCCGGAUAAUGAUGGCUCUCUGUUCGGUUAUACGAUCAGAUUGGGUGGCGUUACUGAAUAUGGCUCGGAUCUGCCUAGAAUUGUAAUUGGUGCACCGAAAGCAAAAACAAUUGGGUCUGAUGGCAGUUACAUGGAGACGGGUGCCAUAUACCUCUACAAUUGGAACAAUCGAACAGAGAGAAUUAAAAUUGAAAAUGCAACUGGACUCAAAAUAAAUGCAUCCUUAUGGCCAAUUUCAUAUCCACAAUGGCUGGGUGGUGUUCUCGAUGAUGUCAACGGCUUGGAUAAGAUCAUUACGUGCGCGCCAAAUUUCCAAUCAAUCUCCUCGCAUGAAACUCUAAGUUUUCACGGCGCCUGCUACAUUAUUGACGCAGAUCUUCGAGGUGGGAGUUCAAAACUAAAGAUUUUAAGUCCUUUUUCAGCUGCGGAUGAAGUGAAAAAUCAAAUUUACAUCACAGCUGAUAAACUAAAUAUACCGAAUUUGAUUUUGGGACAAUUUGGUUUCAGUGUGAGAUAUAAUAAAGGAAGCGAUGAAUAUUUAUUCGGUGCGCCUGGUGUUUUGGGUUGGUCAGGAGCAACAGUACAUUAUGAUGGGGUAAAAAAAAUAUUCGCCAAACAAAUACCCACAAAGAAUACGGGUUCUUAUGGGGGAUAUGCCGUAGACUAUGGUUAUUUUGAUAAGACAAAAGAGAAUAAUUAUAUUACGACCAUACCUUAUGGUGGAAUAAGCAGCAAGCUUGGCAAAGCGCUAAUUUAUAGAAGGAAGGGGAAAAAAUAUUUUCAUCGAGCCAAAUUGAGUGGCGAGCAAUAUGGUGAAUUCUAUGGCUAUGCAUUAUUGGUGGAUGACCUCACCGGCGAUGGCUUGGAUGAUAUUCUAAUAAGUGCUCCCUUUCAUAGCAUGAGAGGAAGUUUCGAUGCUGGUGCUGUGUAUAUGUAUAUUAACCAGGGUGCCGAAAAUCAGUUGCUUUUUAAGCAGUCUCUAUUGAUGAGUCCUUUUUCGAAAGGUGGACGUUUCGGAACGGCGCUCAGUAAAUUAGGUGAUAUAAACAGGGAUGGUUAUAAUGACGUAGCAAUUGGCGCCCCGUCCAGUGGAUAUCAUAGUGAAGGUGCAGUUGCAAUUUAUUUCGGAGGACCAAACGGACUCGAAUCCCAGCCCCGACAAAUAUUAAAAGCGCUUCCUCAAUUAGUCGGCAUGAAUGCUAUGUUCGGCUUGGGUCUCUCAAAUGGGGUCUACUAUCACUCUAACAGCUUCGCCGUUGGUGCACCAAAUGUGGAUAGAGUAUUCUAUUAUAGCUCCUAUCCCGUCGUCAAGAUAAAUGCUUCCUUAGAAGCCACCAAUGCUUUUAUUCCAUUAAAUGCAACUCAAGUGGAAAUAAAUAUCUGCGUUAAUUUCCUUACAAAUUUUACACAUUUAGAAAGUUUAGUGGUUUUAUUCGAUUUGAAGGCAGAUUCUAGCUAUGGAAGGAUUUCCAUCGGAGUCUGCAUCGAUGAGCUCAUCACAGUGCGACUUGAGCCAAAGUGCUUUGUAUGCCAACCGAAUAUCACAUCUGAUGAAGCUUCUGUAUUCGUGCCGAUGUUAUUUGAACUUUCUUAUCUCUUAUAUAACAACACAAAGUCAUCGAAAGAUUCAGAGUUUUGUAAGGAAUGCGCUGUUGUGGAUCCUUCCUUCCCGAAUGUGACUAGAACUACCAUUCAGUACUUGCAUGAUUGUGAGGGUAACGUUUGCGUGGUCGAUCUACAGCUUCGAAGUGUGGAUAUACCCAACAAAAUCACAUUGGGAAGUGCUAAACACCUACCGAUAAAAUAUAACAUAUCGAACGUGGGCGAGAAAGCUCUUUACACAAAGUUGAUCAUAAGCUCUUCGCUAAGUAUUCCCAUUAUGCGAAUGCCAGCUGAGUGUGCCAAAGAACUUGAUGUGGACUGGAGAGUUGUGUGCAGCAUAGCGCAGAGGCAAGCAUUUGCAGGAAAUACAGAAAUAGAGUUGAACUUGGAUAUCAGCGAAAUUGCGGGUGCUAAAUAUGUCAUUAUAAAUGCAGUGGCUUACAGUGCUGGAAAUGAAUUAACACCUGAUAAUAACCGUGUGUCCAAUAGAAUAGAAUUAAUUACAUCUGCAGAAAUUUGGAUAACGGAGUAA